UAGCCAAGGAAAGUCAAAAUCAAAAUGUAAACAAUAAAUAACCACCGAGCUGGUGAAUCCUCGGAGCGUCACGAUCGUGGAAAGAAAAGAGGAAAGGAAAAUACGUUCCCGAACCAAAAGACAUAUAACUCUGGGCAGUCGAAGUCUAAAAGAGAGAGUAAGCCUCUGAAUAUGCUGUUUCAAACAAGCGUUUGAACAACAUAGGAGGAUAAAUCCCUUCUCGCCAAAUAGAAGAAGAAGAUCGUGGAAAGAAGCCAAACAAGCUGCUAGGAAUAAUCAAAUCGUUUUGUGAACGAGUGUAUUCACUGAUUGAGUGUUGUUUACACCUGCUAGACCCCUAAAAAGAAUGCACAUUGCAAAGAAAUGGAUUUACGCGAAGCCGUUCGUCGAUGAGCCGACGCUCGACAACUUCGAGCUGGUGGAGGAACCGGUGCCGGAGCUGCAAGAUGGAGAAUUCCUUAUCAAAGCCCUGUACCUGAGCGUGGACCCGUACAUGCGCAUCUACAUGCUGCCCAGCCCGACCGGCAGCACCAUGAUCGGGGGCCAGGUCGGCGAGGUGAUCGAGAGCCGGCACGCGGACUUCCCGGUCGGGGCGCUCGCGUUCGCGCAGGUCGGCUGGCGCACCGUGUCCGUGUGCGCACCGGCCAGCUUCGAGACGCGCAAACCGUACGUGCUGCCGGAGCUGGGCCCGCUGCCCGCCUCGCUCGGGAUGGGCGCGCUCGGCACGGUCGGCAACACGGCGUACUUCGGGCUGCUCGAGAUCUGCCAGCCGCAGCCGGGCGAAACGGUGGUGGUGAGCGGGGCGGCCGGUGCCGUCGGCAGCCUGGUGGGCCAGAUCGCGAAGAUCAAGGGCUGCCGGGUGGUCGGGAUCGCCGGCUCGACCGAAAAGUGCGAGUGGUUGCGGGAGCUCGGCUUUGACGGGGUGAUCAACUACAAGGAGGAGGACGUCGGGGAGGCACUGCGCCAGCUGGCCCCGGACGGGGUGGACUGCUACUUCGACAAUGUCGGUGGCCGCACGGCCGAGACGGUCAAGGGGCAGAUGAAGCCGUUCGGGCGCAUUGCCGUGUGCGGCACGAUUUCCCAGUACAAUGGGCGUGAGCCGGCGCGCGUCACCGACCCGCAGAGGGACUUUGUGUGGAAGCAGCUGGUGCAGGAGGGGUUCAGUGUGCACCGGUGGACCGACCGGUGGUUCGAGGGUGUGCACCAGAACCUGCGCUGGAUCCAGGAGGGGAAGCUGAAGGUCCGCGAAACGGUCACGGACGGGUUCGAGAACAUGCCGCGCGCGUUCAUCGAGAUGAUGCGGGGCGGAAACGUGGGCAAGGCGGUUGUUAAAGUUUAAAUGCCUGUUAGUGAGCGUGAAAGUCGAAAUAGAACAAUGAUAAUUCUAAAAUCUUCAAGAAAAGUUUAUGUUAAAUGUUGGAGAGCAUUUAGGGGGAAAUCAAGCCAACUAUAAGCAGAUAAGGUGAACAAAACUGAUAAGCAAUCUUUAAAGUGCCUUAAUAAAUUAGGUCAACAAACGCACCAAUA